GACACACUCGCCCACUGUCACAGUGUGCUCUGGACUCUACACUGAACGGAUUACCGGUAUCGUUAUCGUUCAUCAUGGAUUUGAAACUCUUGGCGGUUAUGUCUGUGCUUGCUGUGGCGACAUACGUUCCUUUCGCACAAGCUAAGCCCAUCAGUAUGAUGGAGAGGUGCUGGUGUCGUUCUACAGUUAACACCGUCCCCCAGCGCAACAUCCGAGAACUGAAGUUCCUACACACACCCAACUGCCCCUUCCAAGUGAUUGCCAAGCUGAAGAACCACAAGGAGGUGUGUAUCAACCCCGAGACCAAGUGGCUGCAGCAGUACCUGAAGAAUGCCCUCAACAAGAUGAAGAAAGCCAAGCAGACCAACUAGAGAGCCUGCAGGAAGACCGCCCAACAGAAACAGUGCCAAGUGAAGGUCUACACUCCUCUUGCACAGUUUUCACAUAUUACUACCUUACAUUUUUAUUGAAAAAGGGAUCAUAUAUUUAAAAAAAUCCUACAGAUCUACACAACCUACAUUUUCAAAGUGAAAGUUAUAUAAAAAAAAGCGAAGACUUCUUCACACCACAGAGAUAAUACUUGGUGGAAGCACCUUUGUCAGCUAUUACAGCUGUGAAUAAUUUUGAAUAAUAUUCUACCAUCUUUGCACAACUCGUAGGACAACAUACUGUAUGCCAUUGUUUUUGUCAAAAUAGCUCUAAGUCAAUACAUUUGGUUGGGGAUCAUUUAUGGACAGAAAUAUUCAAGCAUUGUUUCUGAUUUUCAAGAAAAUAUAUAUGUUGCCCUAAGAGUUGUGAAAGGUUGGUAGAAUCUCAUUCAAAAUAUUUACAUCUGUAAUCGCUGCCAAAGGUGCUUCCACCAAGUAUUUACUUUGGGGUGGGAAAACACACAAUCAAUACAUCCUCAUUUGGUGUUUUUCAGUCAUUUGAAAAUGUUUAUUUCAAAUGUGGAGUAGGUUGUGUAGAUCAGUAGGAAACAAAUCUAAUGUAAUCCCUUUUUUAGAUGUCAUUUUAAGGCAAAUUGUGAAGGGGUGUGUAGACUUUCACUAGCGGCUGUAUGUAAUGUGAGGUGUAUAGCGUGUAACAUCUACUCACCUGGCACGCACGCUGAACAGCACUUAUCCUGUCCAUCACGGAACCUUCCAACCCAUGGCUUGCCAAAACCACCACCUCUGUUACCUAUGCUACCAUAACCACCUGUACCCCUUAUAGAAUCCACCCCGAUUAGCGCCAAGUGAAAUUAUAUCUGUGCAUGUAUGUUUUUAUCUAUGAUGUAUAUACCGUUUUUUUACUAUCCUAUUUGAUUGGUCAAGAUUUUUGGAGUUGUUUUGGCCCCUGGCUUCCCUGUCAUUUAGGAAUUAGAACUGUUCUUUGGGUAGGUAUUGAUGGGGCUGAGAUAUGGAGAGGAAGGAAAGGAAGAGAUAAUGCUGGAGGAUUCAUGACAGAAUUCACAACUCUCAAUCCAACUCUUAUCAGCUUGUCCUGGAAAGUGUACAAGGUUCAGCAAUGCAAAAAAAAAAUCCAAGAGGCAUGGGGAUGCUCACGUGUGCAGGGCAGCGCCACUAGAACACACUUACAGUAUGUCUGCUUAAGAACACACCGGAGUGAAUGGACAUCCCUGUCUAGUACCGACUCAACCAAUAUUUUUUGUUUUGUAUCCAGCCAUGCUGGAUGUUGAAGUAUAUUAUAUAAAGAGUCUUAAUGUGAAGCAUAGUCUGUGAUGUUAUUCUCUGAGUGCUUUGGUAAUUAGCAACAUUUAGAGUCAGAACUCUGCUUAUUGAGCGACCAAUGAAAAAGUAGUAGUCCGUAGCCGCGUCAUGGUUAUGGAAACAUUAAAGGUCGUACGUCCAGAUUUUAUUAAAGGAACAGUUAAUCCAGACUACCAUAAAGGGCAAGUUCAGUCAGAUAACUAACAACCCGCGGCUUGCCAACGUCGUAGUUCAGGUUCCCCUUUAAUUCUGACAUUGACUAGUCCCGUACAGUAUGAACUAAAAUCCCGGACAACACAUGCAGUGGGUUAACCAACUUAAAUUUGUUGUCAGACAGACUACCACGUCAAUGUGUCAUGAAACAUUAUGGAAAUGAUAAAGUUUCAUAUUUAGCAAACCAGACACUAUGAAAAGCAAAUCUAUCAGCAGUUUUAGUGUGCUAGCAUUAGUAGCAGUAUAGUAAUAGUAAUAGUAGAAAUGGUAAUAGUAGAUAGAUUGGCUUGACUACCUAUUGAUGUCAUAUACUGUAUGUUAUUUUGGAUACCGAUGCACUUUACAUCCAACAUAUUCAUUCAUUAACAAUACGUAACUUUAGAAUGUUAUAAUGAGAACAAGAAUAUUAUCCACACUGUUGGUCUACGGUUGUUUUUCUAAUUGUCUUUAGUGGUAUAAUACUUUACUUUUUCUUUACUUUUUCAUAUAACAAUCUUAAGCAUGAGAUACAUCACAUUUUCAUUUUGAGUGAAAACAAAUAUUAUAAGAAAUAUUAUAUUUUUGUAGUUUUUAUACGUCAAACACAAGUUCAUAUCAAGGUGCUAGAAUGUAUAAUGUCUCCAGAUCUUUUCACAUGAGCCAUUUCCUCUGAUGUAACGUCAUUUCAAUGUUAAACUAGAUUGUUGAGUAAAAUGUAAUCUUUAAAUAAAAAGUAUUCAUUUUUA